GCAUAUUAGGGUAUGUGUUCGUGCGCUCUAAUUCACAACAUCUGCUCAUUUGUUGGCAGUAUCCCGUUGUUUUGACCCCUUGGAGUGACUCGCUGCGUUCAUUUUGAACGAAGGCGUCCGCCACAAAUUUACAAUUUUCAAUCCCAAAUAUGGGCUGGGAAUGUCACCCGACCCGCCUCCGCAGGCCCGUUACAUCCUCUGGAAAAGAAAACAGUACAGUUUGAAGGGAAAACUCCGAGCCUGGAAACUUGUUGCGGACGAACGGGGAUAAUUUCUUGCGACAAAGAAAAACCAUCACAGUUAUAUUUCCAAUACCUAUUCCUUUCAACAAGAAUUUGAUUAUUUUCUAAUGGACGAUUUAGGAGUUCCUGAUGCACCUAGCUACCAUCUCAGUCCUCGUAUUGUUAUGUUUGAUGCUCUGUUAGCUGAUCUGGAGAAUUCAGCCUUCCCUCUUGCUCGCUGUCCUGUCCUGCUGACCUCUGACCCUCCAGUACCCACUGACCCCUCAGCCAGUGCUCAGGAUUCUGUUCAAACCCGACCACCACCUCCAGCAUACACACCGCAACAAACUGUUUCUGCUGCAAUGAAAUCAAAUGGAUCUCAGAACUCUAACCCAGACAAACUUUACAGUACGGUACGUAAGCCGCAGUCUUCUCGUACAGCAGAUCCUUCUCCAGCUUUCUCCUCCUCAUCAGCAUUGGGUGGAGGUCUCAGUGAACUUGAUCAUUUACUGCAAGAGCUCAAUGCCACACAAUUCAACAUAACAGAUGAAAUUUUGGCCCAAUUCCCAACCACCAAAAAAGAUGACAAGUCUACAAAGUGUGAUGCAUCUUCUGCUGGACCCGUGAAACCCUCGGCUACAUCUGCUACUCUGGAGCUGGACAAACUAAUGGCGUCUCUGUCAGACUUCAGAGUCCAAAGCACGCCAACCACACCUGUGAGUCCUGUGCCCACUCCACAACAGCAGGCUGUAGCUCCACCCCAUGCCACCUCUGGAGGUUCCUUGGACAGCAUGCUGGGUCUCCUCCAGUCGGAUCUGAGCAGGCAGGGGGUGUCUACAUCUUCUAAAGGAAACUGUUCUGCAUGUCAGAAACCAGUUGUAGGACAGGUUGUCACAGCUCUAGGACGGGUUUGGCAUCCAGAACAUUUUGUUUGCUCUGAAUGUGAAUGUGAGCUUGGAAAUCGUAAUUUCUUUGAGAAAGAUGGUCGACCAUAUUGUGAACAAGAUUACUUUACCCUGUACUCACCUCACUGUGCACAAUGCAACAAGCCCAUACUCAAUAAAAUGGUGACUGCCCUGGAUAAAACCUGGCACCCUGAAUGCUUUAGCUGUGUGAAAUGCAGUCGAUCAUUUGGAGAUGAAGGUUUUCAUGAUCGUGAUGGACAGCAAUAUUGCCAGCAGUGUUUUCUGGCGCUCUUUGCCUCUCGCUGUCAGGGUUGUUCCCAGCCCAUCAUUGAGAAUUACAUCUCGGCUCUGAAUUCUUUGUGGCAUCCACAGUGCUUUGUUUGUAGGGAAUGCUAUAGCCCAUUUGUGACUGGAAGUUUCUUUGAGUAUGAGGGCCAGCCCUUGUGCGAAGCCCACUACCACCAGUCCCGAGGCAGCAUGUGCCAGGCAUGCCAGCAGCCCAUUCUGGGGCGUUGUGUCAGUGCAAUGGGUGCCAAGUUUCAUCCACACCAUCUGGUGUGCCACUUCUGCCUGAAACCACUCAGCAAGGGCUGUUUCAAAGAACAGGAAAGCAAACCUUACUGCCAUUCCUGCUUCAUCAAACUCUUUGGCUAAGGAGAACAAGAAAAGAUUAUAAGAGAUUACUAAAGUACCAUAACAAAUGUAUAAAAACGUUAAUAGGAUAAAGAAAUCAGAUUAUGUUGUUGCCAAAUGCUUCUUCACUGAAUAAUUAUGAUUAAUGAAUUUAAUGGUAGUUUCUGGCGGAAAGGAUUUUGAUCCUUAUUUGUUUCGCCAAAACUGGCAUAGGAAGUAAUCAGGACACAUGCAAAUUUCUUUUGAGAGACCCACUUAACCACUAAAGAUUGGCUGUGCAUACACUCUCAGAACAAAAGGUAUAAAACCUGUCACUGGGCUGGUAUACCUUGUUUUCUGACAGUGUAAAGAAGAAUGGCACAGAGUCAUCUUCAUACACAAAAAACUACCUAUGAAGUUACAGAUAGCAAGGCUGCAACCCUGCAUUUCAGUUUGAAGCCAAUUCAAAGAAAUUACUUCAAGUCACUGUCAGUGUGAACAGCAUUUUAUACAUCCUCAAACUUGGUAAGAAUUGGGUGGAUUUUGGAAGUUUACUCCAACAUACAGUGUACAUGCAGUAUGUGCCCCUGUCUGUGAAAACCAGGCUAAAGUCCUAUAAUCUAACUUUCUAUCUAGAGAUUCAGAGUAUAAAAGUUUGAUUUCAAGUUGGACCUUAGUCAUUAUUAAAUAUCUUUACAUUACGAAGGAUGAUUUAUUGUAAAAACAUCUCAGGUUACACAUGUAACCAUGGUUCCCUGAAAAGGGUACGAGAUGCUGUGUCACCGAAGCUACCCUAUGAGAAUGUCUUCUGCGUGAUAGUGUCUGAAGCAUGUCCAAUGGUCAGGCGACACGUCAUAGGCGGGUGACGUAGGAUCCAGAAAUAAAAAAAAUAGCAUCCAGCGAAGCUGGCUUUAGCUAAAAUGUGCCGAAGCAAGGUGUGACAGGGAUGCAGGAAGUAUGGCAGGGAGACGCAGUGUCUCGUUUCCUUCUCAGGGAACCAUUAUUACUUUACAAAGCUAUGCUAUGGGAAUAGACAUAAGCUACUAACUAGGAACUGACAUCUAACUCAUAGAACCGAACGAAUGGGAAACCUUGAGGGCAUUACAGACAUCUGGAACGGAAACCCCUAGAGGCCCACAUACCCCAAGUAGAAUGAGCUCUGAUGGCAGUGAUUAAAGGGCAUCCAGAGGUCUCGUAAGCAAGAGAAAUAGCCUCAACUAUCCACUUAUUAAGAGUUUGCAAAAAGCUGCUCAGAUCUCCAUGAAGAAAAUCUGUGAACAUAAUCAUCCAGUGCUUACACUGGACACACCAAUUUAAGGUUCUCCUGAUUCUGAAAUUUAAACGGGGGAGGACAGAAAGUCUGCAAGACAAUGACCUGGGGCCCAUUAGUCAGUACCUUAACAGUCAGCACAUAACCACCUCUGCUCUAUAUGAUGUGGAGAGCUGCUCCUGCCCAGCAGCCCCUGAAUUUUUUUAAAGCAUCAACCUAAUACAUCUGCAGGCCUGCCCUGCCGACAUGUGGGUGUCCUUAGAGAUGAUGCUGUCAUUGGGGUGUACAUAGAGAUGAUGCUGCGGUCGGGGAUAGCUUGUGAGCGUCUGCUCCAAAAUAGGCAUUGCCAAAUAUCCGUGCUCAUCCAUUCACACAAUCUUGUAAUACAUGGUGGUGUGAGAGGUGUGGGCAUUGGCUGAAUACAAGCCUUUCCAUGACCUUGAUGGCAUGCUGCACUGGUAGGCUGAUUUUUUAGUUUUAAAAAGCAUUCGUCCAACAUGCUCUGAAGACACACACUCUGUUUCUCUUCAGGCCAGUCUUCUUUAAACCGUGCCAUGGCGUUAGUCGCCAUCUCUAACAGGUCCUCAUAGGCAGGAGGAUGAAUAAAGGGGAACAACCUCUAAGCAUCCACCACGUAUACAGAAAUAAUGUCAACCUCAAAAGAAGACAAAUGAUGGACAGAGCUCCUGCUCUGGGUGGAGGAAACUGUAUUGUAGGCUUCCGUAUCCAGAGGUGGGGCAUUAGUGACCGCGGGUUAGGGUUAAGAGACCCGUCUCAAACCCCUCCAUGAGAUCAUUUGUGAUCACCUUGAUUGCACCAUACACUUUGCCUCUGCAGCACCGGAGUCAAAACCCUAAGGAACACUCGGCUUGUCACCCUCCUCAAAGAGUGACAGCCAUUAGCGCAGCAUACGGAGUGGUAGCAGUUCAUGAUGUGCACAUAACACACAAAUUAUGCACUGACAAAAACCACACAUGCUUGCUGAGGAACAAAAAGCUUAAGCCGGUUUUCUUUCGAUUUGUACUACCUCCCAUAGAAAACAUACAGGACUAACCCCUCCACCAACCCAACCCCUAAACCUAACCCCUCCCUUAACCAAACACCUAAACAAUGCAAGGGUAGGACAAUCUGACAGGUAGAAUAAAAUGUAAGGACACCUGUUUCGCUGGAUGCUCUUUUUAGUUUUCUGCUUUCUGGGUCUAUCACGCAAGGUGCUCCCAUAGCAUAGUUUCAGCAACGCAGUACGAGUUAAUCACAAAAAAUACUUCAGAAGGGUUCACAGGCAGACUCACAUGUUUAUUACUCAAAGGGGUUGUACUUGCAGGUUUUAAUUAUGGGGGAAUGUAGGUUUAUUUGAAAGUUAUAGUUCACCCAAAAAUUAUUUUAUAAUUUAGUUACCCUCAUGCCAUCCCAGAUUUUGGUUUUGGCUCAGUUAUUAAAAAAAAAUCAAGUUAGAUUAAUCAUAUUCUUACACAUUUGUACAUCUGUCUAUGAGAGAUAGAUCAUACCCAUCCAUCCCUGAUAUUUCAUCUUACCAUUCUUAUUUAAAGCAUGAAUAAAUACCGAGAGACAUUUUUAAGGACAAAAUUAAAAGCAAAAUCAUAAUUGUCAAUUAAUUUCCCUGAUAUUGUAUUUAGUUAUCAUUUGGUUUAAUAUUUACAUUGUUUUAAUUUCAUUAUCAUUGUAAACUUGAGGCUUAGCUGUAACUAUGUAAAAAAAGUUCAGUCCUAGCUAUCAGUUACUAGGAGUCGUUGACAUGUUUUAAAAUGGUGUUAUGUUUGAGGCAACAAGUUAGUGUUAGUAAGAUAAUAUAGAUUUUGUGUCCCAACUCGAAAUUGUACAUAUGAGCAAUUUCACCAAUAUGGAUGUGACAUUUGCAGUCAAAACUUAAAAUUUCAAUUCUCAGAAAAUGCAUUAAUUACCAAUAUAUUGAACCAUCUGUUUAUAUUUUCCUAAACCCGUGAUGAGUCCAGACUUUAGAAAAAGUCUUUACUUAUGUUGUAGACGAGGGAGGAAUACUUGUGUUAUGAAUGUGCCAAAAAGUACACGUUUUUGGGAGACAACAUAUUUUGCAGGAUUUCUGUGAAUUAAAAACACAACCCAGAAGCAAUACCCAACUAUGGAGAAGGGUAACAAAAUAACAAAUUAUAUUUAUUUUAUUUAAUUGUGUGUGUAUUUUUGAGGAAGAAGCAAUGUUAUGGAUGUGACAAUUCUGAAAUUUGCACUUACUUAACUAUGAAAAAUAAUAAAACAGAGACUUUGCAUGGAUAUUUAAACAACCAAAAUUGACAUCUGAAAUAGCAGUAUGUUUAAAAACAAUAACUAAAAACUUUACUAAACCUAUACACGGUAAGGAUGAAAUUGGCAUGGAAUUUCUCAUAUAUCCAGUAUCAUAACAAAAGCACAUCAUAACUUUUCACAAAUUCACAGGAUCUUCUGACAGUGAGCUGUGUUACAAAUAAUGCUGUGUUACAAUUAACCCUGUAUUAUUUUGUGAUCUGCUCACCCCAUAUUUAUUCUUUAUUAAAAAAUGAAUCAUGUUUGCAUGUACUGUUCUGUAUUUCUGUAAAGCUGCUUUGCUACAAUGCAAAAUGGUAUAAAGUGCUAUAAUUUACUGGAUUAAAAAUUGAAAUGCGAGUAUGUUACCUCUAUAUACAAUACACAAAAUGACGAAGCUCUAAAAAGCAGAUACACCCAACUUUAAUCUAAAUGACUCUCAUAAUAAAAUGUAAAAAUGUAAACGCCCAUUUCCAAAAUAUGAAAAGUGCCAAAUAUGAAAUAUGAAUAUAAAAGAGACAAAUAUGAAUUUAGCACUUGGAUCUGCUUGUUUACAUUUCAAACAUGAAUGUUCUCUCACAAAUGACAAAUUUAUACAUGUCAAGUACAUUUGGGAUUGCAUGAGGGUGCGUAAAUUACAAAUUGUCAUGUCUUUAAACAUUCAUAUUUUUUGUCUAUUUUACAGAUGAAACAUUUAUUUAACACCUUAGUUUGUGCUGCAACUUGUUUUCACUGCUACAGCAUAGUUAUAUAUCUUAUUAUUCUGCAAAGAUGUUUGUUUUUGUAAUGCCAAAGAAUAUGCUAGAAAUCAGUGUUUGCAUCAUUUAUAAGUGCUCUAUCAUUUAUCAGUAUCUAAUAAAUACAUUUAAUUGUGUCAGAGUACAUUAUAACUG